AAGAACACGAAUGCGGUUGUUGAAAGAAAAAAAGAAAAGAAAAAGAUGUAUAUAUAUAUUGAAGGAGAGAGAUAACGCGGCAAAGGGCCGAGUUUUGGAACUUGAACCAUUAGAAACUAGCAUGAAAACCGUGGAAUCCUCUCUCUAUUUAACCUUUGUAAUGAAGCACAUCUUUCUUUGGCUUAAAACAAUUGAUUUAUUUAAGCCCACCCUCACUUUAUAUAUCUACCUGCAGUUUCUCUAGCCCAUUUCGUAAAGCUAUUCAUAAUUUCUAUCCACCCAAAUGAAGAUACUAAGCUGGAUGCAGAGAAGGCUCGACGGAAAACAUGGCACCAGAAAACCAAAAUCAAUCUCAUCCGCCAAUCAUCAUAUGCUGCAACAACCUCCCAAAGAAGAAUUCAGUGAUUGGCCUGAUGGACUACUUGCAAUUGGGACAUUUGGUCACGACGGUUUAAAAGAAGAUCCACACAGCAGCAUUAAUAAUAUUGUUCAGGGGACCCUAUCUUCCUCUCAAGACAUUACUCCUGAAGAAGUUGGAGAACUUGAGAAAGAGUUGAAUUUAUUAUUGAAUAAACAAGUUUCUGGUGGAUGUAGUUGGGCAGUGGAGUUAGACAUUCAUAAUCUUCCGGGAGAUGACAGAACUAACAGCGAUACAGUUUGCGCUCACAAAAAUGGUAAUCUCCAGCAGAGUAUCAGUGAUGUUUUGAACAGAGGGAACGAUAAUCGUUUGGAUCACACUAACAGUGCCAUUAGCAAAAAGUCAUUGUCUUUUCUUCUUAAGAAGGUGUUUCUCUGCCCAAGUGGAUUUCCACCCGCUCGCAGCUUAAGAGAUCCAAUUCCACAGUCCAGAAUGGAGAAGAUUAUGAGAACUAUACUGCACAAGAAGAUAUAUCCCCAAAGUUCCACGACGAAGAAAUAUUUGGAAAAUAGAAAAAUGCCCGAGUCGACUGACUGUAGAGAUGAAAUGCUUGACAAACAAAAUGUUGGAAGUAAAUGGGUCAAAACAGAUUCUGAAUUUAUUGUUCUAGAGAUAUGAAAUGAUUUGCCUCUUCUUUAAUUUGGCAGUGGUGAAAAUAUUGUUUGGCAUGUACCAUAUGAUAAGUCAUGUUGGGAGAAUUUCAGUCUUGGAAGCAGCUUGUUAUUGUGCAAUACCACAAAUUUAUAGUGUUGAACUCCGAAGUCAUGAGGAUCAUAAGCCUUUUGUAGUUUUGAUGACGAUUUUAACGUUUUACAAUGAUCUGUAUAAGGAUGUAUGAACACCCUGGUGCUGUCGCUGGUGUGCGAAGAUGCAUUUGUGACACUGAAUUAACAAAAAAAAAAAAAAAAAAAAAAAAAUAGAGGAAGUAUUUUAUUUCAAUUAUGUUUCAGCAUUCAGCAUUGGGAAACUGAGAUUUGGGCAUUUGAAAUGGAAGUCACACAUUUGUUCACUACAGUAAUGUUGUGAAUCUUGUGAUAUAUGAUGCCUGUCGCACACAGUAGAUUUCACACAGUAAAUUGAAGGUGUGCAGAUAAGAUUUGAAGGGCUUAUAAAAAGGAAAAUGAUUCAUUUACAGAAACAAACAUCAGAGUGACAGGUCUGACUCUCUCAUGGCCCUUGCAUUAAUUAAGUGGAAUACUUGAGCUGAUAUCUGAAGUGAAGGGUCAACAAAUUUGGGGGCCUAAGUGAGUCCAUAAUCAGUCCAAAUUAUAGCAUAUAUAUA